AUGUCAAUCAACACCGGCAAUUUCGCCUGGACAGUGCCAGACUCGGCCACAUCUAUCAAUCACUUGACUCUGGAUUCCCUGCCCGUACCUACUGCUGGACCUCACCAAGUCCUCGUCCGCCUGACUGCCGUAUCCCUCAACUAUCGCGAUCUGCUUGUGGCAACCCGUUCCCCAGAGUAUCCUGGGAAUCACGUCGCAGGUCUCGUGCCCUGCUGUGAUGGCGCUGGUAUGAUACACGCCACCGGGGUUGAUUCAGAGUGGACUGGUCGCGAGGGCACAAGGGUCAUUCUGCAUCCGAACGAGUGGAUGACGGGAGAUGUGAGGAACCUCGACCUAACAAGUUUAUGUGAUCUGAUGGCUUACUAUACAGGCGUUCUGCAGCAAUGGAUAGCCGUGGAUGACGCCCGUCUCAUCGAGGCACCCACCCAUCUUAGCAGUGUGGAGUGUGCGAGCCUGCCCACUGCUGGGGUGACGGCCUGGAGCGCUAUACGAGAGCUUCUUGAUGCUUCUCUUGCCGGAGAGCUAGGUGACUGGCGCGACGGACAGAGAUUGCAACACAAGACGAUCCUCACACAGGGCACCGGCGGCGUCAGUUAUUUCGCAAUCCAGAUCGCAGCCGCACUCGGCGCAACGGUACUUGCAACAUCUUCCUCUGACAAAAAGAUUGAGCUUGCGAAGGCGCUCGGGGCCACACAUGGCAUCAAUUACACUACGACUCCGGACUGGGACCGUGAAGUUCUGCGCCUCACGGACGGCAAGGGAGUCGACCAAGUCAUCGAGUUAGGUGGUGCGCGGACACUCCUCAAGUCUGUGAAUAGUGUCCGUAAAGGUGGAUUGGUCAGUCUGAUCGGCAUCUUGAGCGCUCCACAAGAUGUACCUGCGGACAUCAUACCUUCGCUGCUAUUUGGAAGCAAGAUAGUAGUGAAGGGCUGUGUUGCGUUCAGUCGCGAUGCGACGGCGGAGUUCGCGAGGUUCGCAGAGCAGCAUGGCGUCAGGCCGGUCGUUGCGAAAGAGUUCAGGUUCAAUGAUGCGGUAGAGGCCUUCGAAGCGCUGCAGAACCAGACUGAAGUCGGCAAGAUCGUGAUCAAUAUCAGCAAUCAGUGA